UUCUGAGCUGUUUAAAACAGAGCAUGUUCCACUGACAGCUGUCUCUGGAAGAGCUUGGACUCAAGCUGAAGCUACAAGGUCUUGAAGACAAUCUCUGAGAAACUUAAGAGAUCCGAAUGGUGCUAUGAAAAUAUUGCACCAGAUUUCACUCAGUAGAAUAUCUCUGACUACAGAUUUGUCAAAAUUUCCCUUCUCAGGAAGAUCCCCAAAUGUGGCAGCUUUUAGCCGCAGCAUGCUGGAUACUUCUUCAUGGACCAGUAGGCAGCAGUAAGGAAAGCAGCACCACAAAUCCUGAAGCUAAGAUGAAUAUUAGUCAGAUUAUUUCUUACUGGGGCUAUCCUUAUGAAAAGUAUGAUGUUGUGACACAAGAUGGUUAUAUCCUUGGAAUUUACAGGAUUCCUCAUGGAAAAGAAUGUCAACGGAAGCCAGACCCCAGGCCUGCUGUCUAUUUGCAGCAUGGCGUGAUUUCAUCAGCCACUGACUGGAUUUCCAACCUGCCCAACAACAGCCUGGCUUUCCUUCUGGCAGAUAAUGGUUAUGAUGUGUGGUUAGGGAAUAGCCGAGGGAAUACUUGGUCCAGAAAACAUCUGAAAUUGUCACCGAAGUCUUCAGAAUACUGGGCUUUCAGUUUUGAUGAGAUGGCUAAAUAUGACCUUCCAGCCACAAUCAAUUUUAUCACAGAGAAAACUGGACAAGAGCAACUCUACUACGUGGGUCACUCCCAGGGCACCACCAUAGCUUUUGUAGCCUUCUCUAUAAAUCCAGAACUGGCUAAAAGGAUUAAGAUAUAUUUUGCACUUGCUCCAGUUACCACAUUGAAAUAUUCUCAAAAUCCUUUGAAGAAACUCAAAACUCUCCCUAGAAGAGCAGUCAAGAUUUUGUUUGGUGAUAAAAUGUUCCGCUCUCAAACCAAGUUUGAUCAGUUCAUUGCCACCAAAGUGUGCAACCGGAAAGUAUUCCAUCGUGCUUGCAGCAACUUCUUAUUUGCCAUGGCUGGAUUUAAUGCAAAAAACUUAAACAUGAGUCGCUUGGAUGUUUAUUUCUCACAGACCCCUGCGGGAACAUCUGUUCAGAAUAUGCUGCACUGGGCCCAGGUUGCUAAUUCUGGUCAGUUCCACGGUUUUGACUGGGGAAAUCCUGAUCAAAAUAACUUGCAUUUCCAGCAGCCUACACCUCCUUUAUACAACAUUACUAAGAUUGAAGUUCCGACAGCAGUGUGGAGUGGCGGACAAGAUAUUGUGGCUGAUCCCAAGGAUAUUGAAAUUUUACUGCCCCAAAUUGCAAACCUCAUCUAUUACAAGAAUAUACCAUACUACAACCAUGUGGAUUUUUACCUGGGAAUGGAUGCACCCCAGGAAAUUUACCAAGACAUAAUCAGAUUGAUGAAGGAAUAUUCACAAAAUUGUCAAUAUUUUUUUCUCCAAGCAAGUGGAUUUUGAUAAUAAUAAAUGGGACAAACCCUCAAAAUGAUCCCAGAUGAUCUUUUUGCCCUCUACUGUCUAAACCUUUGUGUGAUCCUCUGUCCUUGAGUGUGAGUAGAACUUGAGAUUUCCAUCUAGCGCACAGCUUUGGUAAAAAGAAGACAGAUGUCACAGCCUUGGUAAGGCAAAGGUGAUGGACGGUCACUCUCCAGGUGCACUACAUGAUACAACCUGUUUUCACAGA